AUAAACCUAGUCUCAUCUAUGAUACUCUUAUCAUUAAUAAUCCUAAGUAUACCUAUCAUAACAACCAUGUUAUAUCCCCAAAAUCACCCUAACUUUCCCCACUACGUAAAAACCAUAGUCUCAUAUUCAUUCUUUAUUAGCAUUAUCCCAAUAAUAGUAUUUAUCUACUCAAAUCAAGAAAUAAUAAUCUCCAACUGACAUUGAAUCACAAUCCAGACCCUAAAAUUAUCUCUUAGUUUCAAACUAGAUUUCUUCUCAAUCCUAUUUAUACCAGUAGCCCUAUUUGUAACCUGAUCAAUUCUAGAGUUUUCAAUAUGAUAUAUACACUCAGAUCCUAAUAUCAAUCGAUUCUUUAAAUACCUAUUAAUAUUUCUGAUUACAAUGUUAAUUCUAGUAACUGCUAAUAACCUCUUCCAGCUUUUUAUUGGCUGAGAAGGAGUAGGGAUUAUGUCAUUUCUCCUAAUUGGGUGAUGAUUCGGACGACGUGACGCUAAUACAGCAGCCCUCCAAGCAAUUCUCUAUAAUCGUAUUGGAGACAUUGGAUUCAUCUUAUCUAUAGCAUGAUUCUUGACCUACCUAAAUACCUGAGAAUUACAACAAAUCUUUUCGCUAAACACUACUCCAAACUCCCUCCCCCUUAUAGGUCUCCUUCUAGCCGCCACAGGAAAAUCUGCUCAAUUCGGCCUCCACCCAUGACUUCCCUCUGCCAUAGAAGGCCCCACUCCAGUCUCAGCUCUACUCCACUCAAGUACAAUAGUUGUAGCAGGCAUCUUUCUUCUAAUCCGAUUCUACCCUUUAAUAGAAAAUAAUACCAUAAUUCAAACAACUGCCCUAUGCCUAGGGGCUAUUACAACCCUAUUUACAGCUAUAUGCGCUCUCACCCAAAAUGAUAUCAAAAAAAUUAUUGCUUUCUCCACUUCAAGUCAGCUUGGACUAAUAAUAGUCACCAUUGGAAUUAAUCAACCACAUUUAGCAUUCCUACAUAUUUGUACUCACGCCUUUUUUAAAGCAAUAUUAUUUAUAUGUUCCGGCUCAAUCAUUCAUAGCCUCGGGGAUGAACAAGAUAUCCGAAAAAUAGGAGGUCUAUACAAAACAAUACCUUUUACCUCAACAGCCAUAACAGUAGGAAGCUUAGCAUUAACAGGCACUCCAUUCUUAACAGGCUUUUACUCUAAAGAUCUAAUCAUUGAAGCCAUUAAUACCUCCUACACCAACGCCUGAGCCCUUCUUAUAACCCUAAUCGCUACCACCCUUACCGCAGUUUACAGUACUCGAAUCAUUUUCUUUGCCCUACUAGGACAACCUCGACUCCCCUCCCUAAUUUUAAUUAAUGAAAAUAACCCCCUUCUCCUUAAUGCUAUUAAACGUCUCCUUAUCGGAAGCAUCUUCGCCGGCUUUCUAAUCUCCAAAAAUAUUCCUCCAAUAACAAUUCUCCCAAUAACCAUACCCCCUUACCUAAAACUCACAGCCCUAUUUGUAACUCUAACUGGAUUUAUUCUAGCACUAGAACUUAACCUGGCUGCACUCAACCUAAAAUUCAAAACCCCUUCCAAUAUAUUUAAAUUCUCUAACCUUUUAGGAUAUUUCCCCACCAUUAUACACCGCCUUCCACCACUAACGAGCCUAACAAUAAGUCAAAAGUCAGCCUCCUUACUACUCGACCUUACAUGACUAGAAAUUUUUCUCCCUAAAACAAUCUCUCUUAUUCAACUAAAAACUUCUACUCUAGUAUCCAAUCAAAAAGGACUAAUCAAGCUUUAUUUCCUCUCAUUUCUUAUUACCCUCUUACUAGCCCUAUCCUUAUUUACCCACCACGUGUAA